AUGCACUCUUCUCCCACUCGGCUGCAUCGUGAACUCUCCCACGUUAGCCCCGUUGCAGACGGUCAUGAUUCUCUCGCCGUUGACCUCUUCUGGAAAUUCCAGUCGGGCCUUGGUCUGAGCGAGCAUCAAAGCGACGAUGCCAUUCUAACAACCACCAGCAACCAUGGGUGGGAGGGGUGUCGGAAACCCCACGUUGGCUGAGAGCACGGCACGGCUUCUGAGACGGGGAGACCAGACCAGCUCAGCCUCAU